CACUGUACUGGGUGGGCACUGAAACGACGUCGUUGUGGGGCCACCAGCAGACCAGCUCAAUGGAACCCUAGCGAAUUGGUGAGAACGAAACCGCCCGCAGACAGAGCUGCUUUUAGGAGCUGGACUUUCACUCGCAAAUGGCGAUUUCAGGAGAUCUUAGGGUUUCUGCAGCUCUCAGCCCUUAUAGGUUCAAUCCCCUCCGCACUACUUCUAAUUUCCCUCAUUCCAAGCAGGUGACUUACAAUGUGUUUUCCAAUGGCGCAUCUAAAGCCGUCGAGACAAUGUCGAAACAUUCUCGUCCCGCACCCGAUGCUCAUUCCACCCGUUGUCAAGCUCAGCGCCCUCUCGGAAUAUUUGGAGAAGAAUUUAACUUUUCGCAAAACCCCUUCAGCCAGGAAGUCGAGAAUUUCCUUCUCAACGCAAUCAACAUGAACUUCUUCCAGCGAUUGAACCUUGCGUGGAAAAUCGUAUUUCCGUCGGUGAUUUCCCGAAGAAACUCCAACGCCAACAUCGCCAAGCAACGAUUAAAGAUGAUUCUUUUCUCCGAUCGCUGCGCCGUCAGCGACGAAGCCAAAAAGCAGAUUGUAAGCAAUGUCGUCAGCGCAUUGUCUGAUUUUGUUGAGAUUGAAUCGCGCGAGAAAGUCCAGCUCGGCGUCUCGACUGACCCAGAUCUCGGCACCGUAUAUUCCGUCACUGUCCCAGUUCGUCGGGUGAGAUCAGAGUACCAAAUGGAUGACGAAACUGGAUCCAUUACAAACAUCGAGUACCGAGACAACGGCGGCGACAUGUCUGGUUCUGUCGAUGUUAAAUUCGACUUUUACAUGCCCGGCGAGACUUCUUCUUCCUCCGACUUUAGCGUAUGAAGCUACUCGAUGUGGAGAAGACAGGUAUGUUGCUCGGUAAUUUCUUCGUCUUCUUUGCCUUUCCUCGUCUUGAUCGCUUUACGUAUUCGGGUUUUGCCGUUCAUACCGUACAGAAAAAAUAUCGAUGUAUAUAUUUGGAAAGUUCUUACAUUUUUAGGUGUCAUAUUUAAGGAAAAUCUCUAGUCUCUUUACUUGUACUUAGAGCGGUUAAACAAGCAGAGUAGCUCGCGAGCUAAACUCAGACUAGAUUCGUAAACAGAGCUCGAUUCGACUCUUUUAUAGAAGUAAAAGUCGAAAAUAAUUAUUUUUAUAAACAA